UGUGUGAUAUCGUGGCUGCUGAUCGAGAGAGAGAUGCCUGUACUGGUAGCAGAGGAGUGGAUUACGGCACCGCUAAAAGUCGUACGGAAGCUGCACGAGGAGAGUGCGGCAGCGUCCAGAGAUGGCGCCGAGCAGAGGGUAGUGGAGCACUUCACUGAACUCCUGCAGUCCGAGGAAGCCUGGACCAAGAUUCCGUGUCUGAAUGUGACGCCACUGGAGCAGCUGGGGGACGGGAGUCUGGUGAGAUACAGAGCCAUGGUCCAGGACCAGUUUGGCCCCGAGCUCUACCUCAAGUACUACACCGCUGUCAACUCCACCACUGGCCACCAGUCCGUUGUCUCUCGUUUCCCACAUGCAGCUGAGAUGUUGUGCCUGGGCAUACACGUGGACGAUGACAGCCCUGACAAUGUCACUGGAGACAGACACACCCUCUAUUGUGUCCCCAUUCCAGCCCAGACGGAAUGGACUAGGAACGCUUAUGGCCAGUGUUCAGCCGUCGAUCCUGUGAGAGAAAGUUGCCAACAGCUGCAACAAUCUCAGCGGGGGAAACGGCAGCUGGAGGACGAGGAGGAUGAGGGAGAGGGGGAGAUGGAGGUAGAAGAGAAAGAGAGGGGAGGGGGCCCGGAGACCAAGAGAGCCCGAGAGGAGGGGUCGUUGCUAGGGGGUCGGGGCCAAUGGGGAGAGGCGAUCCGGAGGUCAGCCAGACCUGAACUUCCCUCUUCCCAACGAGACUGGACUGCCUUGUCUACUCAAGGUGUAUGUAAACAGCCCGUCCUAACCCUCUUUGAGGGAGGGGAGGACGGGGAGGAAGGAGUGGUGGGGGAGACAGCGGCCGAACGGAGCGCCCACUGUCCCCCUCCCUCUCUGGUGCCACGCCUCCACUGUAUCUUGGUGACAUCACUCUCCCACACCAACCCUCUCCUUCCGCGCCAGCUGCCACUACCUCUACCGAGAGAUGUGUACCACAGCAAAUUUGGGGGUGUGGCAGAGUCACGUGACCUCGUUCUCUCGCUGCUGACGUCUGCUCUCCUCGGAGACAGUCUGGCGGCCGAGUUCUCUCUCCUCCACCUCCUCUCCUCCGUCCACGGUCGCAGCGAGGUCCUGGCUCUCGGAAAGUUUGCUCUCAACCUCACCAACUGUCCCCCCACCCCCACCUCUCCUCCUCCUCCCCUCCUCCCGUCACCUCCCUCCUUUCCCUCCUCUCUCCACACACUCCUAUCACAGCUCUUGACACAGAGUGUCCUGCUGCCACUGAGUCUGUCAGUCAUGAACACCUGGCGUCUCUCUCCACGUAAGGACUACUCUGCCAACAGACUUGUGGCCGGAGCCCUCCAGCUGAUCCCAGGGACACACCUCCUGGUCGACGAGACCGCUCUCGAGCCCGGCCGACUGUCGGAGGUCGGAGUUCGCAAUCUGGCGGCCCUUGGUCAUGUGAUUCAGCAUCAAACAGUGACGUAUGACUUUCAGUUUCACACUACCGAGUUUAAGUGCGACCUGCCUGUUAUGGUACUGACUGAAGGAAAGAAGUCUAUUCUGAAGGUGGAAUGUGUCCUCCCUCUCUCCCCCUCCCCCUCCUCCUCCCCCUCCUCCUCCUCCUCCCUCCCGUCACCUACUCCAACGGAGCAGCAGCUAAAUGCAGCCCGCCUCUACCUCUCCCUCCACAGAAUGCUGCAAUACAAGCUGCCGCCCGACGUACAGAAGGCCGUGGAAGAGGAUUUCGUGGCCAUGAGGAGGACUGACGCCAACAUGACUGCCGACAAGUUUCAUCAACUUCUCUGCCUCGCCAGACUGGUGAGCCUGAGCUACGGGUGCAGUGAGCUGACUCUCUCUCACUGGAACCAUGCCAAACACCUGGAGAACCAGAGAUUGGCCAGACUACAGACAGUGGCCGCCUCCUGAUGUAUACGACACUAUAUAGUCAUACCACCAGACUGUUAGAUAGCUCACACAGUAUUAUAAGGUCAUAUCAGAGUAACAGCGAGUGGGUAAAGACAUGGGCGGAAUUUAAACAUUACACGAAUUGUAUGUGGAUCCGCAGUAUAAUAAUUACACU